CUUCAGCCGCCUGCUUAACCGUGUUGGACAUGACAAAAACUUCCCUACUUUUUCUUAUACACAAUUCGCGAACACAGGUCGGAGAUUGAAGCCCCUGCAAUACCGCGAGAAAUUCGUUAGCCGGCGCUCACUUUUAUGAUCGGCCCUCAAAUGUGGGUGUUGUCAAUGCCAAAGGACCAAAGACUGCCAACAACCGAGACCGGUGAGCCACCAUAUGUCGAUGCCGUCAGAAGUCCAGGGUCCAUCAGGGUUGACACGGUCCAUGGCGAGCUGACCGUGCCAAGAGCGAUGAUCGCCGGCAAUGGUCGGCAACCAAAAGCUACGUGGGAGAUAUCGGAAUCUGGAGCGGCGAGUGUUUGGGCUCCCUGGGGAGCAAGAUGUGGACUUCGGGCAAGCCCGGCUGCAUGCGGCGGUAAUCCUGGGAUCGCUGGGGCAGCCGCUUCGGCGAUGGGGCACGGCUUCUGUGGAGCUCCCCCAACCUGGAAGUUUGGGGGUGCAGGAAUGGGAAACGGCCAAGUCCCUUCAACUCAGAACUGAAUGAACCUACCUUGCCCAAAAAGAACCAACAGUCUUUGUGAAGAAACCACAACUGGUGCCCUCUCAGUAACUAUUCACAUAUACUUGCGCCGGGCGUUAGGGGAGCCAAAGCGGGGUCGCGUGCCACCAAGCUGGUCGGUCGGACGGACUCCAGAUGAGAUAACCGGAGAUGUCGCGGCAGGACAGCAAGAUAAC